AUGGCACCAUUAAUACGAAUCCCAAGUCCAAUCCAGCCAGCACAGCGCAGCCCCCAUCGAAAUCUCCCCAAAGGCACCGUGCACUUCGCAGCUUCUGUGAGGAAAUUGAUCAACAUUAAGGUGCUUCUCUACGUCUUUCUAGGACUAGCAGCUAUCUUCUCCACUGUACUGCUGUUUUGGAAGUUUGGCUCUUUCCUGCGUCAAUUCACCAGGGGGCGGGUUUUUCAGAAUGGGAAGUCGUUUAAAACCCGCUACAUCAAGACCUGGUACGGCUGGGUUCCUCAGGAUCGAUACAACGCUCGACAACGUGCCUGGAAGCGCGUUUUGGGUAAGCCGUGGAGAUGGCUUUCGUGGACUGAUUCGAGUGACGACUACAGUUGGGUCUGGUGGGAUCCGUCUUGUUCAGGGAUGGAAAAGCAUCUGCACGGUCAUGGCCAUCGGCGAUGGCUCUACAGGUAUUUGUGGGGAGGAGACAACGCAGAUAUGAAGACGAAGGUGAAAUCAACCACUGCUCGUAUGGAUGAUGACAGAGCUCUGGUUCGUGCAAGACAGCCAGCAUGUUCAUCUCGGGGUGACAAUGUGGAUCGAUCACAAAGGCUCAAAAGUGUCAAUCAAUCCACGAUAGUAGCUUACGAAACAACCGACUUUAUGAUACCUUUGAAUCCCUUGACAUACUUCACGUUUCCUCUUCAGUCCAGACCACGUGAAUCGUCACCCCUUGCAAAUUAUCAACGACUUUGUCUUGAUAAUUCAGAGAGCUUUCCAUGCUACCAUCCGUCGUAUAUUCAGAAACAACAUUUCCCUAAAGCAAGUCCACACCGGGUAACUGCACUACAUGCACGUCGGAGCCUUAAAAUCCAACGUCAUAUUAACUCUACUCAACACAUCAAUCGGCGAGCCAAGAAUCUCAGAGAAUGGGCGGUUCGUAUGCAGAUGGGAAGUCUUCAGGAUAUGAUAUCUCACUAUUCGGGUCUUGAUGGGCGUCCAUGCAGCCCUCUAUCUGAUCUAUUCAACAGAAGUUCAGACCUACAAAGUAUAUUUUCACAGCAUAGUUCCGGGUUAGUGGUGAUUGACACUGUUGAAAACCCCUUAUCUGGACAAACCCGACCUGCCGGAUUGCAAAUGACCACAUUUUCUGUUUUAAAGGGCAAUAAGAAGUCGCGAUCCCUCCAUAGGCGACAGAGUUUCAAUGUGGCUUCGAAAUCCAAAAGAAGAAAGGUUAGCUCAAGUUUCGUAAGAACUACCAGUCCGACGCUAACGUGCAUGAACAACUUGCUGGAUGAUGAAGUACGUUUUAUUGACGGCUUGGAUAGAAGCCUUGAAUGGUUACUUGGCGAAUGUCAGCCGGGUCGUAGAGGUUUCAGCCUUCCAACCUUGCCCAACAACUGGAUCAACAAACAAGCACGGAUUGUAUAUGCCACUCCCUGCUGCGCCUCAGCCGAAUUCAUGCGACUACAUGGCUAUUCACAAAAGACAGAUGGGUUCUCUGAUGAGCGAAAAUCAGCGGUCCUCCUACAUAGAGUAGCAGAUACUCCUCAUAUCGACUCCUGGAGAGCACACAUUAACAAACAACGGCGGAAGAACGCUAUUCAAGACGUCAAGACCAUCGAGCACUGGGAGAGCUCGGCUGAGGAGCCCCCAGAUAAUGUUCUUGACCCAUCAAGUUGGAUUCUCCGACGACCUCCUCAGGGAUUUGCAAUGUCAACGAAACAGAAGAAUUCUUAUUAUGAUGUUGGUGGCGGGAGAUGGGAAAAAUUUGCGGACUGGCAGGUGAUUGAUCAACGAGAACCGAAUAUAGGCACACGUGCUCUUAACGAAGGCUAA